UUUAUGAUAUUUUUAUUUCAAUUUACCCUUUAGUAAUAUAAUUGUUGAUCAACGUAGUACUCGUACUUAUUUAAAAAUAAUCUCUUUCGAUUUUUAUUUUUUUUAAAUACUCUUUUUUGUUCGUUGGUCUGUUGGAUAACCGGUAGUGUUUGGGCGGGGACCCUAAAUAUUGUACAAUCUUUAGAGCAUCAUUAGUGCGGCAUUUUCGAGAGAGAGGAGGGAGAGGAUGGAAUUUUUCUAGGUGUGCGUGAUACUUUCAUGAAUCUAAUGUUUUUGAAACUUUAGAUGGAGAAUAUUAAGGCGCAGAAUAUUGUGGUGAAAGCGUGUUGUGACGCUUUGAAACCAGCAACACAAGCACGGUACGCGUUGAACCGACUACGAAUUAUCCAAGAUCUGGCUGCUUUUCUUUUGGACACACCCGAAAGCCGCUGAGCUUGCCCUUUGAAAGUGUGGAUCUGCCUUCGGAGCGCAGCGUCGAUGACCGAAUUCCUAAUAUUCCCAGUAAUGCAUCCGCCAAACCAUCAAAAUCCUUGAAAACCGUGGCGUUGAGGAAAUUACCGGCGUCCCAACGCCACUUCUCCGACACCUCGGAUCCCUUGAACAAACAGCACCCUGAUGUUUCCGGCGAACAUUCCCCCUUGGUCCGUCGGAAAUCCUCCACCACCCUGUUGUCGACGCGCUCCUUGUCCCAGCAGUCGCGGCCACAUGCAAAAAAAUCCGCCGCGACAUCCAACAUCUUGGUGACAGCGGUAACGCCAGAAAAUAUUGAGGAAAAAGAGGAUAAAAUCGAUGCGGACGCGAAUGGCGCUGCGGGCCCGUCGGAUCAGGAUAAAACUGUCCCAGAGAAAGUGGUGCCGCUGGUGAAGAAGGGGAAAUACUGGAAGCAUCUGCAGGUGAUUGCCACCGCGUUGGAGGGCUAGGGAUGUCGGUUGGUGGAGAAGAAUGCAGCGUUGAAGGAAUUGAAGAAGAAUAGCAGCACCGUUUUGGCGUGCCCGUAUUGCGGAAAGCCAGACAUCGUCAAGGAGUUAAAUUGGCAUUUGUACCAGGAAUGUCCGCUGCUGAAAAUGUGCAAUUACUGCGACAACAAAAUCCUGGUCUGGGAGUUGAACGGACACUGGUUGGGGAAAUGCACCAAACGGCCUUCCAUGGCGCCGUGUUCGCGUUGCGGACUGGCCAUCCCACUGAAACAGUUGAAGGACCAUAUGAGCAAUGCCGAUUGUCUGGAUGUCAGCCUGGACGAGGGAGCGGCCACAUGCCCUUUAUGUCGGCAGUGCGUGCAGAACACGGACGACGGAUGGAUCGCGCAUCUGCUGGGCGAUAUUCAGCACGGAUACCGGAAGAGUAAACGCCGCAUCAAAGCGCAGAAAUGGAGUGAUACGGCGUGAACUUGGACGCUUUUUUGUUCCACGGAUGCCGUCCUGUAUUCUACGGCUCGCUUCUAUGGUUGUAUUAUCAUUAUCUUCAUUUUAAUUAUAUUUUUUAUACGUAUUAGUAUCCGUGUGACGUAUCUCUUUUACCACGAU